UCGUAUUAAAUAUUUAUUCUCUGAUAUAUCCAUUUCUUCUGUAGUUUGUGAUUUCUUGUUUCAAAAUUUGAUCUUUGGAUAUUUGAUUAGCACUUAGCAGACUAUUCCUAUGGGUCUCUUUGUUUUGACAGAUGAGUUUUCCUGGGAAACCAUAGAUUUUGGGUUUUUUUUUUCACUGAGAUUUCAAAUUUGUUCGUUUUGUUGAGGAUUUGGGACUGAUAGUCUUUAAUUUUAUCAGUGAAUAAAUCAAUGAGGGAUUACUGGAUGAGGAAAAGGCAGUGAAGUUGGUGUGGGUGAAUUGUGGUUGUUUCAUGGGCAAUACAUGCCGUGGAUCUUUCAAGGCGAAAUUUUUUCAGGGCUACGGCCAGCCCGACGAACGUUCCACUUCCAAGCACAGCACCCCUUCUGACCACUCCGUUUCCGAACACUCUCCUUCCAGCUUGAAAACCCAGCAGCUCAUUGCCCAAGAGUUCUCCAAAGAGAACCCCAAAAACAACAACUUGCCUGCUAUUAGUUCCACCAAGAAAGAAGCCAUCAUGAAGCGCGGCAUUGAUAAUCAAGCUUAUUAUGUGUUGGGUCAUAAGACUGCAAACAUUCGUGAUCUUUACAAUUUGGGUCGUAAAUUAGGACAGGGACAAUUCGGGACUACUUAUUUUUGCACUGAAAUCGCCACUGGUAUGGAGUAUGCGUGUAAGUCAAUCUCGAAGAGGAAGUUGAUAUCUAAGGAGGAUGUGGACGAUGUCAGGAGGGAGAUACAGAUAAUGCACCAUUUGUCAGGUCACAAGAAUAUCGUGUCCAUCAAGGGUGCUUAUGAAGAUCCCUUGUAUGUGCAUAUUGUGAUGGAGCUUUGUGGUGGUGGUGAGUUGUUUGAUCGGAUCAUCCAAAGGGGACAUUACACUGAGAGGAAAGCUGCUGAAUUGACAAAGAUCAUUGUAGGUGUUGUUGAGGCUUGUCACUCACUUGGGGUUAUGCAUAGAGAUCUAAAACCCGAGAACUUCCUGUUGGUUAACAGGGAUGAUGAUUUCUCUCUCAAAGCCAUUGACUUUGGACUCUCUGUUUUCUUCAAACCAGGCCAAAUUUUCACUGAUGUGGUUGGAAGCCCAUAUUAUGUCGCUCCUGAGGUACUCCUCAAGCAUUAUGGGCCAGAAGCAGAUGUAUGGACAGCGGGGGUCAUACUGUAUAUAUUACUAAGUGGUGUGCCGCCAUUUUGGGCUGAAACACAGCAGGGAAUAUUUGAUGCGGUGUUGAAGGGACAUAUUGACUUCGAAUCAGACCCGUGGCCCCUAAUAUCUGGCAGUGCAAAAGACCUAAUCCAAAAAAUGCUGUGUUCUCAACCUUCAGCACGAUUGACUGCUCAUGAAGUUUUAUGCCAUCCGUGGAUAUGUGAAAAUGGAGUUGCUCCUGAUAGAGCACUGGAUCCAGCUGUACUGUCUCGUCUCAAGCAGUUCUCUGCAAUGAAUAAGUUAAAGAAGUUGGCCUUACGGGUAAUAGCUGAAAGCCUGUCUGAGGAGGAGAUUGCUGGUUUGAGAGAAAUGUUUCAGGCAAUGGAUACUGAUAACAGUGGUUCGAUUACAUUCGAUGAACUGAAAGCUGGUUUGCGAAAAUAUGGCUCUACUUUGAAGGAUACAGAGAUACGUGAUCUAAUGGAAGCGGCUGAUGUGGACAACAGUGGGACUAUUGACUAUGGGGAAUUUAUAGCAGCAACAGUUCAUCUUAACAAACUAGAACGUGAGGAACAUCUUGUUGCAGCAUUUCAAUACUUUGAUAAGGAUGGAAGCGGUUAUAUUACAGUUGACGAGCUGCAGCAAGCUUGGGAAGAACAUAACAUGACUGAUGUAUUUCUUGAAGAUAUAAUUAGAGAAGUUGACCAAGAUAAUGAUGGAAGGAUCGAUUAUGGUGAAUUUGUUGCUAUGAUGCAAAAGGGGAAUGCAGGAAUUGGAAGACGAACUAUGAGAAACAGUCUGAAUUUGAGCAUGAGAGAUGGACCUAAUGUUCAUUAGCUCCCAACAAGCUUAUUAUGUGCAGUCCUAUUUUGAUGGCAUGGCACAUUGGCAGGUUGUACAGCAAGGCAGAAGACAAUAAGUGAUGAAGCUUUUGAGAAAUAAUUUUGAUUCCUCCCCACUUCCAAACCAUUUUGGUGUUGGAGGUUCUAGGUUGAGGCAUUUAUUGAGGGAUGCUGUAUGACUCAAAAAAGAAAUAUUUUUAAGCGUUGUAGACCUAGUUGUGAAGUGUUACAUCUUUUCAUGUUGCUGAAUUGCUUGGUGCUCUUUUUCAUUUGGGGGUUUCUGUUUGUAUUUGAAAGAAAAGGGAUUUGAUCCACGGAUAAUGUGUCUCUUUACUUCAGGCUUUGCUUC